CCACUUCCCUGGCAUGGUUCUUCUUGAAGGAAAGGAGGAGCCAGAGGUAGCCCGGACAUGGGCACACUACGUGGCCCAACCGGACUUUCAAGAUAGAGAGAAUGUGGUGUAUGCGAACAAAGCCGAGCGGGUGAAGGGCGAAUUUUGGCGGUUCUUCAAGCUGGCGGAAGGCAUUGAUGAUGCAACAAUUGCACGGCACCUCGAGGCAAGUGUGAAGAAGGCAUUGUCCGAGAUGUUCUAUCACGCGCGUGUCUACGCCGUGAGGAAGUACUAUGCCAAAGUGAAGAAAGAGAAAUUGGACAAGGCACAAUGUAUCGUGACGCAUCUCGAGCACGAAUAGUAC